AUGAGUUCUUUAAGAUUUCUAAAAUGUGUUAGUGUAGGAGAUAAUGGUGUUGGGAAGACAUCAAUGUUCAUUUCAUACACCAACGACAAAUUCCCAUCUGAUUAUAUUCCUACUGUUUUUGAUACCUAUAAUGCAACAUGUUCUCUGGAUGGUUGCGCUGUCAAUUUGGGAUUAUGGGACACUGCUGGACAAGGAGAACUUUGCAAACUGAGGUCAUUGUGUUAUGGAGGUGCACAUGUAUUUCUUCUUGUUUUCUCACUUGUCAGCAGAUUCAGUUAUGAGAAUGUUUUUAAGAAAUGGCUGCCUGAAAUACGUCAUUUUGCACCGAAUGUCCCCGUUGUCCUUGUUGGAAACAAAGUGGAUCUUCGCAAUGACAUAAGACAUAUUUCUGAUGCAAUAACAACCGCUGAUGGAGAGGAACUCAGUAAACAAAUUGGUGCAAUUGCAUACAUUGAAUGCAGCUCUAAGACUAAGCAGAAUAUUGAAGAUGUGUUUAAUACAGCUAUUAAGGUGGUUGUGCAGCCUAUACAAAGAAAGGCUAUACUGAAGAAAACUAGUAGAAAUAUCUUUCGACACACAUUGAUAAAUAUUGAGAAUUAA